AUGGCAACCUUUGAGCCCUACACCCAAACCCACCCCGAACGAUUGCCAGGCUUUGACCCAUUCACGCAGAGCUUCAACCUGAGCUAUCCGGAUGGGCAACCAUUCACUGUGGGUGUGACUGAUGUGGAUGUCUUCAUCCAGUACAACAUCCGAAUCUGCAUCAACUACGGCUCCCAAUUCGGCGCUUCGAUCGUGCUGUUCGUCCUCCUGCUGCUCUUGACCCGGCGAGAGAAGCGUGCAUCAUCCGUCUUCCUCCUCAACUCCUCUGCCUUGCUGUUCAAUAUCAUCCGGCUCAUUCUUCAACUGAUCCACUUUACCACCGGAUUCGAGCACUUCUAUCCCUACUUCUCCUUGGAUUACUCGAAUGUGCCUCGCAGUGCAUAUGCCAUCUCUAUCACAGGCAGUGUCUUCGAGUCUCUCGUGGUGGCCUGCAUCGAGGCUUCGCUAGUGGUCCAGGUAAAGGUGGUAUGCGCAACCAUUCGUCGCCGCUACCGGUGGCCACUCCUGGCUCUGUCAAUCGCCGUGGCUCUGGCCACCAUCGCAUUCCGCCUGGCAUGGAUGGUCGAGAAUUGCAUUGCAAUCAUGGAAGUCUCCUACAUGAACACAAUCUGGUGGCUGGAAAGUGCUUGCAAUAUUGUCAUCACAGUCAGCGUGUGUUUCUUUUGUGCCGUCUUCGUCACCAAACUCGGCUUUGCCCUCCGCCAACGCCAUCGACUCGGGGUACGCGAUUUCGGCCCCAUGAAGAUCAUCUUCGUCUGUGGAUGUCAGACUCUGACCAUCCCUGCGGUCUUUUCCAUCACCCAAUAUUUUGUCGUCUUCCCCGAGCUAUCCUCCAACCUGUUGACCCUCGUCGCAAUCUCCCUGCCCUUGUCGUCCAUCUGGGCGGGCGCCAACCUCGACCAGGGUCGCCACCACGAAACCCAGCCCCUCCACCGCCGCAAUCUCUGGCAUGGUCUCGCAUUCGGGAUCGGCGGGACUACACUCAACCACACUGCCUCGGAGAAGCAUAUGACUACAUCCACGAUGACGGCUAGCACUGCCGCGCAGACACUUUGCUAUUCAGAUCAACCUUUGAGUAUGUUGAGCAAGGGUUCGCAUGAUUCUAUGGAUCCUCAUGGAAUCUGUGUUGAACAUGAUAUCUCAAUCGAUAGUGUUCAGCGGAAGCAUUCUAUGGUUUGA